AUGAGCCCCACCGACGAGGAACUCGACCGCGACUGGCAACCCAAUGGCCGCCGACCUCAAUCUACGAUUGCCCGAUCUUUCAGUCAAGAGCUGAUGGAUAUCUUUCGGAUUGAAAACAGCCUUGCCGACCUAGACGAACAAAUUGACAAGCGGUAUGGCCCAUGCCAAGUUCCCUACUCUCCAGAGACAAAACAGCAAGUCAACCAUGGCCAGACCGAAUUAGAGGCCCUCGAGGCUAGAAUUAAGGAGAUGGAAGAGCGACUGAAGAGGCAGAACCCCCCGGGAGUCGCCGGCAGUAUGAGCCCACGGUCUCAACAGCAAGCCGUUAACGAUACGUUCGGCAAGGCGUUGUCUGCAGAGAAGGAUCUCGCACAGCAGCAGCAAAGGUCUCGACCAGGAACUGCUAAACAGGUACAGCAAGCACCUGCCCAUGGAGGAGCUAUGCCUCCGACUCCCACAGCCAGCGAAGGUGAAUACGUACUUGUCAAACAUAGCUCCUCUGGUGACGGCGCCGCCUGUUCUCGAACUUUUACUGACUAUGUCUACGUUUCUAAAGAUGGUGGUGACCGCGACAACUAA